AUGCUGUCCGUGGCCGCCCGCUCCGGGCCCUUCGCGCCCUACCUGUCAGCCGCGGCACACGUCGUGCCCGGCCCGCUGAAGCCGCUGGCGCCAGCGGUGGCACGUCGGGGUGAGAAGGUGCCGCUGGACCUGAAGCGGCCUCUGCUGUGCCGGGAAUCGAUGAGCGGCCGGUCGGCCCGGGGGGACCUUGUCGCCAGCGCCAGCCUCAGCGCACCUGCUAGUGUUCGUUUCCUCCAUAAUGAUGUCACAGUACCUGACUUUUCUGCCUACCGUCGUCAAGAUGUGCUAGAUCCCACCACAUCUUCUCAAAGCAGCAGUGAAGCUAGAAAAGGGUUUUCCUACCUGGUGACUGCAACAACAUGUGUAGCAGCUGCAUAUGCUGCUAAGAAUGUUGUCACACAGUUUAUUUCCAGCCUGAGUGCCUCCGCUGAUGUGCUAGCAUUGUCAAAGAUUGAGAUCAAGUUGUCUGACAUUCCAGAAGGCAAGAACAUGGCUUUCAAGUGGAGAGGGAAGCCCCUUUUUGUGCGACACAGAACACAGGCAGAGAUUAAUCAGGAAGCUGAAGUUGAUGUGUCUAAACUGAGGGAUCCGCAGCAUGACUUAGACAGAGUCAAGAAACCAGAAUGGGUCAUUCUCAUAGGUGUCUGUACUCACCUUGGCUGUGUACCCAUUGCAAACUCUGGAGAUUUUGGCGGUUAUUACUGCCCUUGCCAUGGGUCCCAUUAUGAUGCCUCUGGCAGAAUCAGGAAAGGUCCUGCCCCCUAUAACCUUGAGGUUCCAACUUACCAAUUUAUUGGUGAUGAUGUCGUGAUUGUUGGCUGAAUGACAAAGUGCUUUGCUCACUCAUGUUCCUGUGAAUGUAGACUCAAAAGCAUUAAGUGAAAUUCAGGAAUACUGUAAAACUAGAUGAUGCUAAAAACAAAUUAGCAGUCUAGAUUCUCAACCAGAAGUAUGUAUCAGAUGCUUCCUUGUGUUAAAUUGUAAUAAAAACGUGGAGUGAGCGCUUGUUCCUGACUUCUGAUAACAUGUGUUGAUUUGUGUACAAACUUGUGUCUAAAGAGGUACCGCAGCACACAGCAGGUGUCUUUAUGGAGCCCUCCUGAAAGGCUGCUGAUUCAAGAUAGACACUGAACUACAAAGCCAUUGGUUUUUUUCAUACCACAUAGUUUAGUUAUUUGG